GGAGAUUCGUGCUGCGGUGUUCGACCUUGGUCCUACAAAAUCACUAGGUCCUGACUGAUUUGCUGGGUCGUUUUACCGCAAAAUCUGGAGCAAAAUUGGAUCAGAUUUCUGUAGUGAAGUUAUUGAAUUCUUCAGAACUUCGAUUAUACCACAGGGAUGGAGUGAUACUCAUGUUGCCCUUAUCCCUAAGGUUCUUGCUCCGGAGAUGAUCUCACAAUUCCGCCCUAUUAGUUGCUGCAAUUUCAUAUAUAAGAUCAUUUCCAAGAUUCUGGCGGGUCGAAUGAAGAAGUGGCUACCGGGUUUAGUCUCAGAGAUGCAGGCAGCUUUUACAGGUGGAAGACUAAUCCAGGAUAAUGUCAUUAUUGUUCAUGAGAUGCUGCAUAACUUCAAAAAUCAUAGAUAUGGUGACUGGGAUAUGAUGGUGAAGCUGGAUAUGCGAAAAGCAUACGACUUAGUGGAUUGGGAUGAUCUUGAUUCUAUUCUGCUGGCUUAUGGGUUUUCGGAAAAAUAGAGGGGUUCGAUUCGUGCAUGUAUCAGGACAGUCUAGUUUUCUAUCCUUUUGAAUGGAAGCCCUACCGAGUCGUUUUUGCCGUCCAGAGGCAUCCGCAUCCAGCAAGGUGAUCCAUUUCUCCGUUCUUGUUUAUCCUUAUGUCCAAUGCUCUGUCUCUCUUAAUUGAAAAGGGUAUUGAGAAAGGUGAUAUCCGAGGAAUCAAGCUCAAUCAGAACUGCCCAAGAAUUUCUCACUGUUUGUUUGCGGAUGACACUGUCAUUUUUGGAAAGGCAAGUGUUAUGGAAGCGGAUAGGAUUCUGGAUAUCAUUAAAAUGUAUGGUAAUACCACGGGGCUAGAAAUCAAUGCGUCUAAGUCAUCAAUCUUUUUUAGCAAGAACACUCCCCAAGCUAUCCGUAGUCUGGUGAGCAGUAAGUUUGGGUUUCCACCAACUAUUUGUCACGACAAAUACUUGGGGGUUCCAACUGAGUGGGGAAGAUAAAAAAAGAAACUUUCAGGUUCUUGUUGGAGCAAAUGGAAAAGAAAGGUGAAUCCUGGAAGAGCCUUUUAUUGUCUCCCGGAGGGAAAGAAGUACUGCUGAAGGCAGUUAUCCAAGCUUUACCAACCUAUACCAUGAGUGUUUUCUUUCUGCCUUUAAACCUAACGAACAAAAUAAACUCCAUCCUGAAACGAUUUUUCUGGUCGGGUUCCAUGAGGAGAAAGGCCAUCCAUUGGUGCAAUGCGAGGGAGUUGGAAAAACCUAAAGAAGAAGGAGGAUUUGGUUUCAAGAACUUCCAUCUCUUCAACCUUGUGCUUAUUGGAAAACAGGUUUGGAGACUGUUUGAUAACCCCGAUGCCUUGUGGACUAAGCUCCUAAAGGGGCUUUACUUUCCAAAUUAUGAGUUGUUCUCGGCAACGAAGGGGAGAAAGAGUUCCUGGGUUUGGAAUGGGUUGUGUGAGGCGAAGGAACAUAUGAAGAGUGGCUUGUUAAGAGGGAUUAUGUCUGGGGAGGAUUCUUGGUUCCAUUGUGACCCUUGGCUUCCUUCCAUUCCAUGUUACAACCUUUCUCACUUGGGGUUGGAGCCAUCCAAAGUUAGUGAUUGGAUUGACCGUGAUUCUCGAAGCUGGAAAAUGGAUGCCAUUCAAAAUUUGGUGCCUGAUGAGAUUGCUCAAGCUAUUGCCCGUGUUCCGAUCGGUCCCUGUACUGCUAAGGACAGCUGGAUUUGGCGUCUAACGAAGUCAGGUGGUUACAGUGUUAAGUCUGCCUAUCGGAUGUUUCGAGAGAAUAGAGAUUCCAAUCCGGUCAUUGACUUGAGUGCCUCUUCUCGACCAAACAGAGAUGAUUGGAAGUGGUUGUGGGAUCUCAAGCUGCCUCCCAAGCUUCAUUUUUUCAUCUGGACAUGUAGUACAAAUGCAAUUGCAACACGAGUGAGGUUGUUUGAUCGCAAGUGUGCUCCUAACCCGUUGUGCCCACUCUGUGAGGACCAAGUGGAAACAAUUAUGCAUUGCUUCUUCCGCUGCUCCAAGGCGCUUGAGACUUGGUAUCGGCUUGGAUUGUUGAAUGUGCUUCCUGUGGCUGACUCUUGCUUUGUGGAUUGGUUCUUUGGACUAAAAGACAGGGUAUCCGUUGGCCAGAUUACCAAAAUUGUGUGUUCCCUUUGGAAUAUCUGGAUUGCUCGAAAUGGGUGGGUAUUUGAGGUUCGGGAGUUCUCUCCGCCCUCUGUGGCAAUAUUAGCUGAACGUGAUGUUAUGAAUGUUCAAGAAGCUAGGAUUGGAUCCUCAGCUCAAUCCUCCUCAAGUCCAGCUGGUUUGCCUUCUCAGCUAGGGAGUUCUCGGUCGUCGACCUUAUCACCGCCUGGUCCUUUCAGUAAGGUUGUGCAUUGUGAUGGUUCCUUUGUUUCUGAUGCACAGAUGGCAACUUAUGGGAUUGCUAUUGCAAACUCCCACGGUCAGGUUAUCGACGGGAAGGCUGAGAGAUUCUUUUGUUCUUCUCCGUUACAAGGGGAAGCGUUUGCGAUUCUUAAUGCAGUUAUCUGGGCGCGGCCCAGGAUCCUGUCCCAACGUGUGUCCGUUCUGAUUGUCAGAGAUUGACGAAUGCGUUGAUACAGGAUCCGAGCCUUUGGCCCUGGCAGUGUCAGGCAUCCCUUGCUCGUGUGGUUUCCAUUCUCUGUGUUUCUCCUUGGAUCUCGAUUGAGUUUGUUCCUCGUCGAUUCAAUAAGUUAGCUGAUUGGAUCGCUAGGAACUCUCGUCUUGAUCUCCUUCCUCCAGAAUGGAUUUUCAUUGCCGACCUUGUCGCUCCAUUAUUGUAAUAGUUGUGCUUCCCAUUGUUUGGGUUUGGAAUGAAAUGAAUGAUGUUCG